ACCCUUCUUGUAACCCAAGCUGCUGGAGUUGUUCCGAGCUCUCUUGCCAUCAACCAACAACCAGUCCCUGUCUUUCGGCAGCCUGCUGGUGUACACUUAUCUCAUUAUCCUCCUAACUACUUUCCAUAUAAUCAGUAUUUCUCACCAUUCUAUGUUCCACCCCCAACUCUUCACCAUUUUUUAAGCAAUGCCGCAUUCCCCCAGCAACUUCCCACUGGAAGUAUGUAUCUGCCUCCAGCAGCUGCAGCUGCUGCAAAUCCUGUCAAGUAUCCACUCUCUCAAUACAAGCCUCCAACUAACAACGCUAAUCCAACCCAUACUGGAAUGCCAACUGGCUUCAGCAUACCCAGUUCAAGUCCAGCCAGUUAUAGUCCCACUCCUGCUAUGACCUCUGGAAAUUCAACUAGCAACGAGGAUGGUACUACUCAGUUUAAAGAAAAUAAUGCCUACAUUGAUGGUCAACAGAGUGAAGGUCCAACUGUGUGGAUUCCUGCACCCGGUAGGGAUGUAUCUAGUCUGCAGGUUGGUUCUUUCUACAAUCUCUCUCCUCAGGGACAGCAUGUGACGUUUACACCAACACAGGCUGGCCAUGGCUCCUUCACUGGAAUCUACCACCCCACCCCGACAGUAGCUGCUAGUUCUAUUCAGCCAUUUCUCCAGCAGUCUCAGGCCAUAUCUGGAGCCAUUGAAGUAGCCGGCCUUCCUGCAGGCAUAUAUCAGCAGCCACAAUGUGCGCCAGUCAAUUGGGUCAAUAAUCAUUGAGGGCUAAAGAAAAUUUUCAUUUGCAGUAGCCAGUGAUGCAGGAUAUUUGACAUUUUCUUGGGAAUGAUAAAGGCUACUAUUGAUUUGAGCAUAAAAUCAUUAGAACAUUUGCAGCAUGAAACAUCCUGCUGAGGAAGUGUAUAUAUAUAAAGGUUGGCCAGGAACUUUUGAGACGGAAAUUUUGUGGGUUUUAGACCGCAUGAAGCUGAUGAAGUUCACCUGUGAUUGAUAAUUGACCGAAUUUAAUCAGUGGAGUGGAGGUACGUGCAGGUCCCUGUUUCUGCUUGCUGGCGCUCUUUUCCUUGAUUAUUUUGCCUUUCAUUUUUCUAGCUUAUAGUUACUCUGGGUGGUGAAAAGUUUUUUUUUUUUGUCUCCUUUUUCCCCCUUUCCUCAUAGUUUCCCCUUUCUAUGCUUUUCUCGAGGCAUCAUAGAAACUUUGGAAGGUAAGAAAUUAAGUUGGUGGAUUUUCGUUCUUUCCUCCAACUUACCUGUAAAGUAAAUUUUGAUAGUGAGAAAAUGUAUUACAACUGUUGUAUUUGGUGUAAUAGAAACAGCAGAACAGUCCAUUUGUUUCUUAUUUACUGAUUUAAAAGAGACAUUUGGCUUUGUGGAACAUGGAGAACUGCACCUGUAAAUGCUUU